UUCAGUUUGUUCAGGUUUGUAUAAAUAUAUUGGGUCGAAAUGGUUUUGGGUCGAAAUGAGUAAUUGUGGGUGACAUCACUAUUGUCAAUGAUAAUGUUAAAUAUUUUUGAGCCAAUAUUUGGGGCUAUUUUUGGGAUUGCCGGUUUAGGACCGGGCCGACUUUCGAGAUUUUUUCGGGGACCGUUCGAGUCUUUUUCGUGCCACAAUUCGAUCCCGGUCAAUCUCUCGAACCGGGCCGGCAACCCUACCUAUUUGAGUUGGACAUUUUGCUUCUUAUUUGGCCAUGGUAUUUCACUUAACCCCUACUUGAUUGGAAACCCUCGUGUUAUGAUUUGUAUUUUGGUUUUCGGAAGCCAUACUUUGAUUAUCGAUUUUAUAGGCAUAUUUGUUGAAAAAUAUGAUCCUACAAUUGAAGAUAGCUACCGAAAACAGGUGGAAGUAGACAACCAACAAUGUAUGUUGGAAAUAUUGGACACUGCUGGAACUGAACAGUUUACAGCCAUGCGGGACCUUUAUAUGAAGAAUGGACAGGGUUUUGUGCUCGUUUAUUCAAUAACUGCUCAAUCAACAUUUAAUGACUUGAUGGACCUUCGUGAUCAAAUUCUUCGAGUGAAGGAUACAAACGAUGUUCCAAUGAUACUUGUUGGCAAUAAAUGCGAUUUGGAGGAUGAACGAGUAGUUGGGAAGGAACAAGGCAUAAAUCUUGCUAGACAAUUUAACAGCGCUUUCACUGAGACUUCCGCCAAACAAAAAAUCAACGUCCACGAAGUUUUUUAUGAUUUGGUUCAACAAAUCAAUCGACGCUAUCCAGAUUCUGGUCGCCGUCCAAGCAGCAAAAAGUGUUGGAAAUGCUCUGUUCUUUGAGGAAAACUUGGGGGGGAAGGUUGUUUUUGGUUGGCAUUUUUUUGAGUUUUUUUUAAUUUUUAAAAAUUAAGCCAAGCUUAUUUUUGCCGUAAAUUGACUUUCUAGUUAAAAAAAAAUAUUUUUUUUAAUUACCUUAAGUAUAAUGACUCUAAUUUAAAAUUAAGUAAGAAUUUUUUUAAUUUUUUGGUGACCAGCAAUUUAUUUUUUUUAUUGACAAUUUUGAAUUUUUUUUGAUUAAUUUUGUAUAUUUUAUAAUAUGUAUUUUUUUGAAAUUUAAAGGGGUGCAAUCAAUGAAAAUCAGAAAAAGAUUAUUGAGACAAUGAACAAAUUUUCCAGAAAACCAAAGUGUUUCAUGGUUCCUAUUUUUUCUGAUCGGUUUAGGGAUAGAAACCGUUC